UGAGCACACACCAUGGUGGGGGAUUCAGACAUCUCACAUAACUUCCUGUCUUCACAAAGGGGACCAAAACAACACUGCCUCACCACACCAGUGAUGUGAGAUCCAGGCUCCUGGCUGUAGUCCAUUUGUUACCAGCUCUGCUGAGCAAUCUGAAGGGGAACCUAUUUACUGUGUAAUAGUGUGAGAGCAGCUCUUCUCACACUAACAGGUCAUUUACUGCAAAAUUAUACAGAAUCCAGGAUCAAAUACAGCAGUGAAUGGUUUGCCGUUCACUCCUGUGAUUUCGUCACCAGCCGCCAAAGUUCCCUCUAGCGCUGCAGGGGUGUUGUCAAAGACCUGGCAGAAAGAGAUCACAGUUACAGGAAAGAAGGCUCUCUUGUCCGAUCCCAGUCCGUCUUGCAAUUCAAACCAGAUUGAAGGCUGUUCACCAUCAUUCACAGAAUGCUAAUGCCAAUGGAACUUGAACUGAAACAUGUGGAGCUGAGAGCUGGAGACCAGUUAAAAGUUCAGGGGAGGAUUAUGGACGAAGCUCAGAGGUUCCAGAUUGACCUGGGUUGUGAUGAAGACGAUCUGGCCCUCCACUUUAAUCCACGCUUUAAUGAUGACGUGGACGGUUCUGUACUUGUGUGCAACUCUAAGAUUGCCGGAAGCUGGGGUGAUGAGAAAAGAGAGAUCCAGAACCCCCUCCAACGGGGUUCCACAGUCAAGAUCAUCCUGAAGUUGACAGGAAACAUGUUUGAGGUGGAAAUGCCUGAUGGACAGGAGCUUCAGUUCCCCAAUCGUGAAGGCCUAGACGUCAUCACCUAUGUUCGUGUUAAAGGAGAUUUCAAACUCACAUCUUUUAGAAUCUACUAGACCCACAUGAGUGUGGAAUUAGUGGAACCGGUGGGUUGUGUCAAGAGCAUUAACAUUUAUGAAGUCACUGUUUCACUGUAUUAGUAAUCUGAAAUAUUAAAUACAGCGGGGAGAACAAGAAUUUAAUACACUGCCGAUUUUGCAGGUUUUCCUACUUACAAAGCAU